AUCGAUUCGAUCAAAGGGAUUGUAAAUAUUAUAUUUAAACUAUAAUAGUAAUUGGCAUUUCACGUUUGGACAUUGGACUGACCACUUUCAAAUGGCUGAAGGACAGGUGCAAAUGGAGCAGCAGGCUCAGGGCAAGGAAUGGGAUAAUCACAUUUGUGGUUGCUACAACCACAUUAAUUUGGCCCUGCAGACACUCAUUGUUCCCUGUGUUACGUAUGGUCAAAACACGGAACUGGCGGGCCAGUGCCACUGUGUCGUUGGAGGUCUAGCUGCGUUUGUUCCAAUCUACAAUAUCUAUCUGAUGGCAAAAGGUCGCGAGGCGAUUCGAGAAACAAAGGGAAUCGCUGGAGAGUUCUGUAACGACUGUUUGCUCAGUAUCUUCUGUGGAUUUUGCGUUCUCAACCAGGUCAAUGCCGAGGCCAAAGGUCUGGCCCCCGGUGGUGUCAGCAUGAGCCGGGAAUAAGCCUUCAAUCAGUAACAUUCCCGGAACCGUGAUAUAUUAAAGCAACA